GAGCUGGCAACGCCGCCCCGUGACGUCAGAGCUGGGUGGGGGCAGCCACGCGCCCCGGCUGUCGGUGCGGCCCAGUUGUGACGCAGCAGCCGUACGGAGAGCAGUGCGCCGCCAGAGCAUCUCUUCUCCGCGAGAGUUCCAGACGAAGGACCACCCACCAUGUCGGCAGUUACGGAGGUUCAGAACACCACAACCGAGGCCCUGGCCGCCCUGGUAGACGGGGGUGAAGACGGCCUGGUGACGCUGGUGGCGGGCGAGACGAGGGUGGCGGCUCACAGGGCCGUGUUGGCAGCCGCGAGCCCCGUGUUCGCAGCGAUGUUCGCGCACGACAUGCUGGAGGCCAGCUGCGGCCAGGUGAGCGUCGACGACGUGGAGGGCCCUGUGCUGAGGCUCCUGGUGGCCUACACGUAUACCCUGCAGGCCCCCCAGCUGCCCGACACGGCCCACCAGUUGCUGGCAGCGGCAGAGAAAUACGGCUUGUCGGCCCUGAAGGCUGCCUGCGAGCGGCAGCUGAUCUCGCAGUUGGCCGUCGAGACCGCAGCGGCGACGGCCGUCACGGCAGUGAGGCACUCGUGCCCGGACGCCACCAGGGCUGCCGUCGCCUUCAUAAAGGACCACCUGCAGGUGAUUGCCACGCGGGGCUGGGCGGACGCUCUGCUCGAGUACCCGCAAGAAGUCAUUGAAGUCUGCAGUAUGCUCGGUGAGCCACCAGCAGAAGCCAGCUCGCCGACCGCCGCAGGGGGCGGGUCCAUCCCCAACUCUGACCGUCAACCCCGCAGCGGCCACAGCCGAACUCCUGCUGCAGCUGCGCCUCCCAUGUCUGCCCGACACACCCCUCCACCUGAUGACGCAGCCGUCUCGCGCUUCCGCACACCAGCCGUUACGGAGCUGAGUACCACAACCAGAACCACCACCACCUCCGCCGCUGCCGCCACCUCUGCCAGCGCACCUCGCCAGACACCUGCUGCUGCGCGGCCCACGAGUACUCAACCUGAUGAGGCCACUGUCUCUCAAAUGCGGAGCCUCUCUGCAGAGGAGAGGGGCAGGAGGCUGGUCCAGGCGGCUAAGCAGCAGGCAGUGGGGGAGCUGAGGGCGCUGAUCGCCGCAGGGGCCGACGUGGCGGCGAGGGACGGGAGUGGGCGGACCGCCCUGCACUGUGCAGCGGGCUGGGGAGACGUCGAGGCGGCGAGGCUGCUGGUGGGGGCGGGGGCGGCGGUGGACGCCAGGACUGACGGUGGGUGGACGCCGCUGCACUGUGCGGCAGCCAAUGGCCACGCAGAAGUGGCGGCUGCGCUGCUCGUCGCGGGGGCCGACAGGGGGGCGACAACUGGUGAUGGGCGGACAGCGCUGGACGUCGCCAGGCGGUGCAACCAGAGGCGCCUGGUGGAGAUGCUGUGAUGUGGCAGACAGUCCAACGAACUCUGUGCAAAAAGCAGGAACUGAAAGAGUUUGUAGGAGAGUAACAUUCAUAAUUUUUUAAAUAAAGAUCCAAAAAAACUCA